AAAUAGAAGGCAAUAUAGAAUAUGAUGUUGAAGAUGAAUCUGAAAUUGUAAAAUCUGAUGAACACAUGGAAAUCUCAUUUAAAUUAGUAAUUAGGAAAGAGGAAAUGGUCCUAAAAAUCAACAUAGAAAAAAUCUUAAAAGACUUUGAAAUAAGAUUUAAAGAAUUAGAGCAAAAUAAUGUAGAGUUACGCUCACAAUUUAGAGAGCUAGAAGUAGAUACCAAAGCCAAGCAAUAA